AUGGUGAAAAGCUUGGCCAAUCUGUGGCAGUGGGUUAGUGACCAGCUCCAUGACAUCCUGGGUUUGAGUGACCGAUAUGUGGCCCAGUACAUGAUCGGUCUGGUGCAGUCUUCUGGACCUCAGGACUUUGUGAUGCAUCUGACCCACAAAUAUCAGUUGUUUUUAUUGUCGCCAUUUUUAUUUUAUUGUUGCUGUGAACUUCUACAGGAGAGAUGCAGGAGACUGGGCUCGAAGAUAUCUGAACUUCUUGUUCUGCCCAUCUAUGCCAGCUUGCCCUCGGACAUGCAGGACAAGAUCUUCAAUCCACUCCGCCUCGAGCACUCAAAGUUUGUGGUGGCCACAAAUAUCGCAGAGACAUCUCUCACAAUCGACAGCAUCAUCUAUGUGAUUGAUCCAGGUUUUUGGAAACUAAAGAGCUACAAUGCGAGAACAAUGGAGUCUCUCAUUGUCAAUCCCUGUUCACGAGUAACAGGAGCUUCUAGAGCAGGUCGUGCAGGAAGAGUGGCUGCUGGGAAAUGUUUUAGGCUAUACACUGCCUGGGCCUUUAAACAUGAGAUGGAGGACACCACUGUCCCUGAGAUCCAGAGAACAAACCUGGGCAAUGUGGUUCUGCUGCUCAAAAGUCUCGGAAUAAAUAACCUGGUUCAUUUCGACUUCAUGGAUCCUCCUACUCACGAAACACUGGUGUCGUCACUGGAGCAGCUUUACGCCUUGGGUGCCCUUAACCACCUCAUCAACUCACUAAAUCAAAGGAUGGCUGAACUUCCCGUCGACCCCAUGCUGAGUAAAAUGAUUCUGGUUUCUGAACAGUGA